AUGAAGUUAUCUAAAACAACCUGGAGGAUUAUUCGAUCAUCACAAUUUAUUUUCUUGGUUGGCAACGAGAAAACUCGUUUGUCAAUUCAUGCCGGUAUUGUGCAAGCGAUCUCAGAUCCUCUCCGUGCUCUUAUCGAUAAUGGUCAUUUGACAGAGUCUAUUACUGGUUGUGUAACUCUGGACGACGUUGAAGAGGAGACAUUCAUAGGAUUCUGUGAAUACGCGUAUACCGGUGCAUAUGUGACUCCAGAGCUCAGCUUCGGCCAAGACCAAGAAAUUACGUCAGAUUCUGGCUGGUUCAAGUCUGCUAAGGAGUCAAAUGGCGUACCAGUGAAACAAAGUGAAGAGCCGGCUGUUGAAGAUGCAGAGCUAGAUCGCACUUCUGACCACCUGGACGGCUGGGGUUUGAGCAACGCAAAAAAAUUAAAGAGACCCCGAAAGAAGAAAUCGGCUUUUUAUUAUGAUGGAAUCGAGGGAGAACAGCCUGAAGAACCUCCAGGCGAAAUCACAAUCAUUUAUCCAUAUGAAGAACUCUGGAAAAGGUUUCGACUCCGUAAAUUUGACAGCGGACCAGCAUCGUUCUCACCAAAUCCCAAUAUCCUCUUUCACGCUAAGUUAUGGGUUUUUGCAACCAAGUACCUCAUUGAGCCGUUACGUCAGCAGUGCUUAAGAUCUCUUCACAGAGAUCUUAGUAGUUUCUCCCUGAAUCGGAAGAAUCGAUCGUUGAUUUUUGACCUUCUCGACCUCACAUACGCGCACACGGGACGACUUGAAGUUGACGGACGAUCCGCACUUCGCGAUCUAGUCAUCCAUUAUGUCGCCUGUGAAAUACGAACGCUAGCCGACGAUGAAAAGCUCACAGAGCUUCUGGACUCUGAUGCGGAGAUUGGCUCAGACCUUGUCAUGAAAUUAGUCACUUAG